AUGUUAAUAUACCUACUGUUACCUCUUCUAAUCACCGCCCAAACCCGUUCAACCUUCAAAACUCGAGAUCAUAGCGUGAAAUCAGUAGCUAUCAACUACAAUUUGGAAGAUGAACCUGAAUAUGUUCGAGGUUUGCCGUCCGAGCAGGCUGAACAAAGUUUGUUGAAAAGUGUACCAGAAGGUCCAGUUUACACCAAAAUACAUGGAAAUGUGUUGGCUAGGCUACCGAAGAAUCAGGUGGGUCUUUAUAAGCUUGUUUUUGAUGAAAAAAAAAUUUUUUUUUUGAUUAAUGGUACUGUUGGUUAAUGGUACUGUUGGGUGGUAGGAUUGGUACUGGGGUGGUAGAACGUAAAAUUUAAAAUUUUUUAUUUUAGGCAGGGUUCAAAGAAGCGAAAGAAAAGUACUUGCCUUUUCGAAAGCCGCAUUAUUUGAAAGGAGAGCCAGGCGAAGCUGGACCACCCGGGGAGUCGGGUGAAGUAAGUUAAUCUAUCCCUACUCUACUAUAGUCUACCCGACCCUAGGCUACCUCACCCACCUUUCCCUAUCCUACCCCGCCUUUCUCUACCCUACUGUACUCUAUCCCACUUUGUCAUGCCCUGCUCUGCCUUGUUCUGUCAUUUUAAUUUUGUCCUACCUUACUCUACUCUCACCUACAGUAACCUCAUACUAAUAUCUACUGUAUUUUUAGUGUAAUUGUGAUGAAAAAUGGUCCCAAAUUGAUCAAAUUGUAAAGCAAAAGGUGGAUGACAUUCUAAAAAACGCUUUUGUAGCAGCCUCGUCUACUGUAAGUUGUCUUAAACUAUAAUACAUAUAAGUCUAUAUUAUCUUAAGUGUCUAUAUUAUCUAAAUUACAGUGCCAUUUCAGAACAAAGUCUUCAAAACCGAAGACGAGCUUCUGAAGGCCAAAAACGGCGUGCCAGAGGGAAUGUUGGCGUUCGCAUUGGAUUCCCAAAGGCUUUUCAUUAGGACUAACAGUGGAUUCGCUUUGGUUCGGGUAGGUUUUGUAAAGAAAGCUCUUGCCAUUUUUGUUUUGUAAAGAAAAUUCUUGCCAUUUUUUGUUUUGUAAAGAAAGUUUUUGCUAUUUUUUGAUUUGUAAAGAAAGUUCUUGCUAUAUUUGUUUUCAAAAAAGCGAUUUAAAUUCAUUUUUGCAUUAAAAAAGAUGAUUUUGAUUGCACCGUGCAAUAUUUUUAUUUUCUUGUACCGUGCAAAAAAUUUUGUUUUAUGCACUGUGCAAUUUGUGACAAAAUUUAGGUAACAAUUGUUGUCUUACCUUUUAGUCGGGGCUCAGAAAAAGCUACUAAACUUAUUUUUACUAUGAUAGCUUUAAAAAUAAUGGCACAGUAAAUUUUUAAAAAAUGACUGCACUGUGCAAUCCAAAAAAUUGUUUGCACUGUGCAAAAAAAUAAUUUUUUUUUGAAAAAUGUUUUAUGUUUAAUAUUCUAGUUGGAUGAGACAAUUCUGGAUCCGCUUCCUCGCCCUCCACCUUCAGUUCGGCCGCCUCGACCAUGCCGACCAGACGCAAAGUCUGAGGACAUUUGGACCGGUGGAUUAUCAUUUGAAACUUGUCGAAAUCAACAGUACGGUACUAAUUUGAACCAAAACGUGGAUGUGGUGACAAAUUUUCAUCAAAAUUUAAAUUUGGCCGGUAGUUUAAAUUCAAAUUGGGCCGAAAGUCAAAAUUUGGCUAAGACUGCCACUCCGGCCCAAAACUACCCAGAACACACCCAAAUCGAUGAGGAACAGGCACGCAUUUUCAAUUUGAGACCAAGAGCACCAUUAAUCAACGACGGACUGGGUAGUACCAUUAAGCUGGUACCAUUGAAUCGACCGGUCAGUGGGUUGGCUGGAGGCAUGGACAAGUUGGAUCAACAAUGUGUGCUACAAGCCAGGGCUAAUGGAGUUGGCGGAGAGUUCAAGGCUUUGGUUUAUGGUCGUAACAGGGUAGGUGGAGCUGUUUACUGUAGGGUUUAGGGUGGAGUAGGGUAGGGUAAAGUAGUAAGGGUGUGGUUUGCACCGUGCAAUGCCAUUUUAUAAAGUAAGGCAUGAGAAAUUAAAUUUUUUUUUAUUUUUUAUUUUUUUCAGAACCCAAGGACACUAGUCAAGUCAUAUCAACAAACCUGGCCAGUCGUCAACAUUUAUGGCUCUAGACUGUUCGAUUCUUGGGAUCGGGUCUUUGGAGAAGUUUCGCUACAAGCCGCCUCUUUAUACACCUUUGACAAACGGAAUAUACUUCAUAAUGGGGCUUGGUAUGUUCUUUGUUUUAUUGUAUUUUCAUUGUAUGUCCGAAUUUUUUAAAAACUUGGGAGAUAUUGGCUAAAAAUUGAUGUUAUAGUAGGUAUCUAAUGUCUGGUUUUUUAAAUUUUCAUUUUUGAUAUCUAAAACAAUAUGGAUUUACACAUUUCUAACUAUGCGGAAGACCAUACAUCGUUUUUUACAAAAAGAAGCACGGUUUUUCAAAUUUUUGCUGUUUUUCAUUUUUUUGCCCAAGAAUUAUAUUGUAGUUGAUAUCUGACCCCCAAUUUUGAAAAUGGAGUUUUGGUAUCUAAAACAAUAUAAAUUGACAUGAUUUUUUAUAAUUAGGUAAAAAAUACCUUUUAUUUUACUGUGAUAGCUUUUUAAUUUCAGUUUUGGCCGAUUCCGAAUACUUAUCGACUAAAACUUAUAUUGUAGUAGAUAUCUGACACUCCUAAUUUGGAAAUUAAUUUUUGAUAUCUAACACAAUACCAAUUGUCAUGAUGUUUUAUAAUUAGGUAAAGAACACUAUUUGUUUUACUUGAAUUGCAUUAGACUAUGAAUUUUAGCUGUUAUUUAAACUUUUAUGGAUCAAAAACCAUAUUGUAGUAGAUAUCUGCCAACAAUUUUUAAAAAUUCAUUUUUGAUACCUAAAACAAGACCCAUUGCUACAAACUUUGAAUAAUAACCUUUGAAAUGCUCUGUGCCAUAUUGUGAAUAGUCUAAAAUUUCAAUUUUGGUCGAUUCCGAACAUUUAUCGCCCAAAAAUGAUAUUAUACUAGAUAUCUGACGUUUAUUUUUGAAAAUGAAUUUUUGUUACCUAAAACAAGGGCAAUUACCACACCUUUUGAAAGUAACCUUUAAAAUACUCUGUACGAUACUUUAAAGAUUUUAAAAUUUUAAUUUUAGUCUACUCCAGUCUUUUAUCGACCAAAAACCCGAUAUUAUCCAUGUUUCAGGUCGGACGGAUGGUUAUGGCACGGUAUUUCGCCGCCAACUUCAGAAUCCGAAACCCACAACUGUCUGGAUUGGAGGUCAGGCGAUUCGGCACAUUUCGCUUGGGCUUCACCCUUAUCCGCUCAUCGGCCGCUCUUUGGCCACGCUCAGAAGGCCGCGUGUUCUAUCAAAAUGGUGGUGCUUUGUGUUGGAACGUAG